GAAAAAGAAUGAUUCGAGUGAGCAUAUUCUGAAAACCCACCCUUCAACGUUUUGACUAUGUGGCAGAUAUGCAUAAAACAUAGGCAUUGAUGUCAUUUUUGUGUGGGCUUCCUGUCAUUGAGUGUGUUUAUUGUCUGGCCUGUGCUCGUUGGGCAUGGAAAAAAUGUCUGUACAGUGCAGGCUAUGAGAGUGAAAAUUGGGGGCUGGCUACUGCACAAGAAUUUGAGCCUGUUCCUCGGAUCUGUCGGCUAAUCUUAGCCGUCUACGAAGAUGAUAUUCGUAACCCUCAAUGGGCUCCCGAAGGAGGUUAUGGCAUUAAUCCUGAUUGGGUUAUCUUACGGAAGGACUACGGCGAUAACCAAGGCCGUGUUACACCAUACAUGAUAUACCUUGAUCAUGAUCAUGCUGAAAUCAUACUAGCUGUUAGUGGACUCAAUUUAGCAAAGGAAAGUGAUUAUGUUGUUUUGCUUGAUAAUAAGCUGGGACAGGCUGAAUUUCAUGGUGGUUAUGUUCAUAAUGGGUUAUUGAAGGCAGCUGGAUGGGUUUUUGACGCAGAAUAUGAGGUUCUUAGGAAGCUAGUGGCAGAAAAUCCAACUUAUAUGUUAAUAUUUACAGGGCAUUCUCUAGGGGCUGGGGUGGUGGCAUUGUUGACAAUGCUAGCAGUUCAUAAUCGAGACAAAUUGGGUAUACCGAGAAACAAGAUAAGAUGCUUUGCAAUAGCUUCUCCUCGGUGUAUGUCUCUCAACUUGGCUGUAAGAUAUGCAGAUGUGAUCAAUUCUGUUGUACUCCAGGAUGAUUUUUUACCUCGGACGACCGCUGCUUUGGAAGAUGUCUUCAAAUCACUUUUAUGUUGGCCCUGCUUAUUGUGUAUAAUGUGCUUAAAGGAUACCUGCACAUUGGAGGAGAAGAAGCUCAGAGAUCCAAGGCGUCUAUAUGCACCUGGUCGGCUCUAUCACAUUGUGGAGCGAAAACCAUUUAGAAUGGGAAGAUUUCCACCUGUUGUUAGGACAGCAGUACCUGUUGAUGGGAGGUUUGAGCAUUUAGUUCUUUCUUGCAAUGCAACUUCUGAUCAUGCCAUCAUUUGGAUAGAGAGAGAAUCCCGACGGGCACUCAGUGUAAGCAAUAAGAUUUUUUCAAUAAUAGCAGAGUUGUCUGCAACUUGUGCUUUAAUGAUAUUCCAAAACCUGGUUUAUAUUCAAUGA